CCUUCUGUCAUAAUUUCACCGGGAGAGAAGGGCGUCCGAAGAUACUGGCCGAGAGCGGAGCCGUUGGAACCCUUCUGGAGUGGACGUUUGAUUCGACUUUUCCUGUCCAGGGACCGGCCCGGGUGGAGUUUAUUUCCCCUUUGUUCCUCUGAGUUCGAGGACGUGCGGACGUCGGACUGAUCGCCACCACAGUGGGCGUGUGACGCUUUAAGGACUGCUUAUGCAUCGUUUAAGGACUUGUGCGGCGCGUUUGCGUCCGCUCACUGCCUCGCAGGCGGCUCAGACUGUCAGCCAGCGGCGGCCAAUCACAGUUGCCAACGCAGGCACAAGGACGUUUCAGCUAAUCAGGUGCUACUCGGCACCUGUGGCUUCAGAACCGUUCCUGAACGGGACAAGCUCCAACUACGUGGAGGAGAUGUACUACGCCUGGUUGGAGAACCCAAAGAGUGUUCACAAGUCGUGGGACGUGUUUUUCCGUAACGCCAACGCCGGCGCUCCUCCCGGCUCCGCCUAUCAGUCUCCUCUGGGUCUGUCUGUAGCUUCGGGCCUGGUUGCUCCUCAGCUAACCUCGCUAGUCGGAGCUCAGCCCAACGUGGAGAAGCUGGUGGAGGAUCAUCUGGCGGUCCAGUCUCUCAUCAGAGCCUAUCAGGUCAUGGGCCAUCACAACACCCACCUGGAUCCUCUGGGAAUCAGCUGUGUGAAUUUUGAUGACGCUCCGAUCCGGGGGCACCAUGUGGCCCAGUUGGACCCCCUCGGCAUCAUGGACGCUGAUCUGGACUCGUGUGUCCCUACUGACAUUAUCACAUCCUCCGACAAGCUGGACUUCUACGGUCUGGAGGAAUCGGACCUGGAAAAGGUGUUCCGGCUCCCCACAACCACCUUCAUAGGAGGUUCAGAGGCGGCGCUGCCACUGAAGGAGAUCAUCCGCCGCCUGGAGAUGGCGUACUGUCAGCACAUCGGAGUAGAGUUCAUGUUCAUCAAUGACCUGGAGCAGUGUCAGUGGAUCCGGCAGAAGUUUGAGACUCCAGGAGUGAUGAAGUUCACUCUGGAGGAGAAGAGGACGCUCCUGGCUCGGAUGGUCCGCUCCACCAGGUUUGAGGAGUUCCUGCAGAAGAAGUGGUCUGCAGAGAAACGAUUCGGACUAGAGGGAUGUGAAUCUCUGAUCCCGGCUCUGAAGACCAUCAUAGAUAAAUCCUCAGAGAAAGGAGUGGAGAACGUCAUCAUGGGCAUGCCUCACAGGGGACGGCUGAAUGUUUUGGCGAAUGUGAUCCGUAAAGAACUGGAACAGAUCUUCUGCCAGUUUGACUCUAGACUGGAGGCUGCUGAUGAGGGCUCUGGAGAUGUGAAGUACCACCUGGGGAUGUAUCAUCGUCGAAUCAACCGAGUGACGGACCGGAACAUCACCCUGUCUCUGGUGGCCAAUCCGUCCCACCUGGAAGCCGUGGACCCAGUGGUUCAGGGAAAAACCAAAGCUGAUCAGUUUUACUGUGGAGACACUGAUGGAAACAGAGUGAUGUCCAUCCUGCUGCAUGGAGAUGCAGCCUUUGCAGGUCAGGGGAUCGUCUAUGAGACCUUUCACCUGUCUGACCUGCCGUCCUACACCACCCACGGCACUGUGCAUGUGGUGGUCAAUAACCAGAUCGGCUUUACCACCGACCCUCGCAUGGCCCGAUCGUCUCCGUACCCAACAGACGUUGCUCGGGUCGUCAAUGCUCCCAUCUUCCAUGUCAACGCUGACGACCCUGAAGCCGUCAUCUACGUCUGCAAGGUGGCUGCAGAGUGGAGAGCCACCUUCCACAAAGACGUGGUGGUUGAUCUGGUGUGUUACCGCCGGAUGGGUCACAACGAGAUGGACGAGCCGAUGUUCACUCAGCCGCUGAUGUACAAACAGAUCAAGAAGCAGAAGCCGGUUCUGCAGAAAUAUGCUGAGAAGCUGAUCGCAGAGGGAGCCGUGAGCCGGCAGGAGUACGAGGAGGAGAUCGCCAAGUACGAUAAGAUCUGCGAGGAAGCGUAUGCUCGCUCCAAAGAUGAGAAGAUCCUCCACAUCAAGCACUGGUUGGACUCCCCAUGGCCCGGUUUUUUCACUUUGGAUGGACAGCCAAAGUCCCUGAGCUGCCCUUCCACUGGUUUAUCAGAGGAGGACCUGAACCACAUCGGUCAGGUGGCCUCCUCCGUCCCCGUGGAGGACUUCACCAUCCAUGGAGGUCUUAGUCGUAUCUUGAAAGGCCGAGGGGAGAUGGUCCGGAACCGAACUGUGGACUGGGCGCUGGCUGAGUACAUGGCCUUGGGGUCUCUGCUGAAGGAGGGAAUCCACGUCCGACUGUCUGGACAGGAUGUGGAGAGAGGAACGUUCAGCCACCGUCACCAUGUCCUCCAUGACCAAAACGUGGACAAGAGAACCUGCAUCCCCAUGAACCACCUGGCUCCAGACCAGGCUCCCUACACCGUCUGCAACAGCUCGCUGUCCGAAUACGGAGUCCUUGGCUUCGAGCUGGGCUUUGCCAUGGCGAGCCCCAACGCUCUGAUCCUGUGGGAGGCCCAGUUUGGAGACUUCCACAACACGGCGCAGUGCAUCAUCGACCAGUUCAUCUGCCCGGGUCAGGCCAAGUGGGUUCGACAGAACGGCAUCGUUCUGCUGCUGCCACACGGCAUGGAGGGCAUGGGUCCAGAACAUUCUUCGGCUCGGCCAGAAAGGUUCCUCCAAAUGUGCAACGAUGACCCAGAUGUCAUGCCUAACAUCACUGAAGACUUUGCCGUCCGUCAGCUCUAUGACUGUAACUGGAUCGUGGUGAACUGUUCCAGUCCUGGAAAUUACUUCCAUGUUCUGAGGAGACAGAUCCUGCUGCCGUUCAGGAAGCCGCUGAUCGUUUUCACUCCCAAGUCUCUGCUGCGUCACCCUGACGCCCGGUCAAGCUUUGACGGCAUGCUGCCAGGAACUCAUUUCCAGAGACUCAUACCGGAUGACGGACCUGCCGCCGAGCGCCCGGAGGCGGUGAAGAGACUGAUCUUCUGUACCGGGAAGGUUUACUACGAGCUGACCAAAGAGAGGAAGAAGAGAGGCCUGGAGGACACAGUGGCCAUCAGCCGCAUGGAGCAGCUCUCCCCGUUCCCCUUCGAUCAGGUGAAGGCGGAGUUUGAGCGUUUUCCGAACGCCGACCUGGUGUGGUGUCAGGAGGAGCACAAGAACCAGGGUUACUAUGACUACGUGAAGCCUCGCAUCAGGACCACAAUCAACAAGGCCAAGAACGUCGGGUACGCCGGCAGAGAUCCGGCUGCAGCUCCGGCAACGGGAAACAAGAACGCCCACCUGAUGGAGCUGCGGCGCUUCCUGGACACCGCCUUCGACAUGAACGCGUUCAAAGACCAGCAGUAGACUGCUGCACCUUGACUCACACACACACACACACACACAGCAGAAAAACAACAUGGUUCUUCAGUACUGGCAGAUCAUUUCAUGUUUCACUCUGACACUACAGCAGGUUUCAUCAAAUUCAUGUUAAACUGUUGAGUCUGUGGUCAGCAGGACAGAAGCUGAGUUUCCUCAACAUGAUCAGAUUUAUGCUUUAAAUCAUUAAAGAUUCAGUUAAAGUUCAGAGACUGGGAGCUGGAAGAAUCAUCUUCAUGAAGGAGGUGGAUGAAGAAGCAGAAACAUCAGAAGUCGUACCACUCUGACGGGUCUGAUCCGCAACACUUUCAUUGUAGUUUCUUCCUCAAUUGGCUGAAAUCUUUUAAACAAGUUUGACUCUGUCACAUCAAGCAUGCAUCUGUGAUUGUUUGGAUGGACUCCACCCGAAUCUGGACCCGACCACAUAUACACACACACACUCCAGCUGUUUUCAAACAGCAGCAGAUUCAGAUAACAGUCAGCGUGACACUUCCUGUUUCCUUUUCUUCACUCCUGAUGUUCAGUCGUUGGAUCAGAGCUUCUUCUUCUUUUCCUGAAAAGCUGCAGGAAUUGUUUUUAGUUUUUAUUAGCAGCGAUCAAAGGGAGUUCAGACUGAAAAUCAGAACACGUCUUUUCUUCAUUAAGGACGUUUGUAAUUAGUCGCCAUGGUAACGCCUAUAACGGAGAUUUUAUCAUAUUUUAUUCUGAAGGUAUGUUUGGGAUGAACCAAUCACACGCACUGCUGAUGAAUGAUUUUAGCCCCGCCCCCUCCCUUCGUGCCAAAAAGCGCCGCAGCAGCACGUCACAUUUUACGUUUGUUUGCGUCGCAGCUUGACCUGUCGGCAGGAAAUCCAAUCAAACGACUGGAGGUCUGAGCUGAGAGACAAAGGAAAAAUCAUUUAUUUAUUUUCAUAUUAGGGGAUCGAGGUCUGCUUCCUUCUUUGCUUCAUUCAAUAAAAAGUUGUGUACUGAA